UCACCUGUCCGCUCUUUCUCACUUCUAACGACGGGACUCUUAUGACGUGUGCGCAGGCGGUACGGUUGCCCAUUCGCACCUUCUCGUCCGGCCCAACCAACUCCAUGCGUGGGGCCAACUUCCUCGCAGGCCUCAGCGGAAAUCGCGCUCGCGAGACUGCCCUUGUCGUCGACGUGGGUGGAACGACAACGGAAGUGGGCGUGCUUCUCCCGACAGGGUUUCCACGGCAGGCAGGGGCCUUCCACCAACUAUGCGGGGUGCGACUCAACUUCCCCAUGCCGCACGUUGAGUCUAUCGGCCUUGGAGGUGGGUCGCGUGUGCGCAAGCGCGGCGGCAAGACUACCGUUGGCCCAGAUUCUGUAGGGUACCGCAUUACCGAGGACGCGCUGUGCUUCGGAGGAGACACCCUGACCGCAACCGAUAUCGUCGUAGCGGCUGGCAGGGGCGACUGCAUUGGCGACGCACAACGGGUGGAUCAUCUUUUGCAAGAUGAUGUCGUGGCUGCGCAGGCCCGCAUAAAAGCCAUGAUCGAGCUCGUCGUCGAUACCAUGAAGACGAGCGCGACCGACAUUCCGCUGUAUCUGGUGGGUGGCGGUGCCAUUCUCGUGCCAGACGAGCUGCAUGGUGUCAGCCGCGUCCACCGCUUCCCGCACUACGAAGCUGCUAAUGCUGUCGGUGCGGCCUGUGCGCAGAUCUCCGCCAUUGUUGACACAUUUGAGGAUACGAGCAGCAGGUCAAUCUCUGAGGUGCAACGUAUGGUUGAGGCAAGGGCGGUGCAGCGCGCGAUCGCCAACGGCGCCGACGUGGCCAGUACUGUGGUGGUCGAGAGCGAAGCCAUCCCGAUCGCGUACACUACUGGCCGAUGCCGAUUCUACGUUAAGGCUGCUGGCGAGUGGACAGGCACGGCAGUGCAGGACGAGGACUUUUCAGAGGAGGACGAGACACCGCCGCCAACCUGGGAUUCUCAGACCCCUGUUAUCGCCGCCACGACUGCCAACGGCAAGCUGGCGCUCCCGGUCGUCGACCCCAUCCUUACCGCCGCCGACAUCCUCGAGUACCGCCCCAACGUCCAGGGCAGGGAGUGGUUCCUGUCGGAGCUUGACCUGGAGUGGAUCGCAACCGGCUGCUACAUUCUUGGCACAGGAGGUGGGGGCAAUCCGGCGACGACAAUGCUAGCUGUGCGCGAGCUCGUGCGCAGCGGCGCGAAAGUGCGCGUGGUCGACAUCGACUCGCUUGGCGCCGACAAGUCCGUGUGCUGGGGUGGGGGGAUCGGCUCGCCGGAAGUGGUCCUCGAGCGCCUCGACGGUGGAGAUCCGGCUGCAGCGAUAUCUGCACUUCUCGAGUUCAUGGGGAAGACGAACUGCGCGGCCCUCGCCGCCCUGGAAAUUGGCGGCAGCAAUGGCAUGUUCAACAUGCUUGCUGGAUCAAGCCAGUAUCUGAAUUUGCCGAUCAUCGAUGGGGACUUUAUGGGACGUGCGUACCCGACUGGCUGGCAGACGACGGUGCAGGUGUUUGACACGAGCGAGCGGGCCGAGAUGACGCUUCCGAACGCCAUGGUGUCGGGCGACGGCUCAGACAUGUUUAUGACGACUGCGAAGCACUACAAAGAUGUCGAUCGGGUUCUACGCGCCGCUUGUGUCGAAAUGGGGACCCACGCCAACGUGGCGUGCCGUCCAUUGCCGCGCGCAUUCUGCCAAGACAGUCUUGUGCGCAACACCGUCUCACAGUCGUGGCGGCUGGGUCGGGCAGUCUCUCUGGCAACCAAGCAGUCACGAAUCGGAGACGUAGGGCGCAUCCUGGUCGAUGCGGUAGGGGGUAGCGCCGCUGCGCGCGUUCUGUUCGCGGGCAAGAUUACGGCCCUCGGGCGGUAUAUUCACAAGGGACACACGUAUGGCGAAAUCACCGUGACUGCUCUUGCGCCGGGCGAGCAAGAGGAAGACUUGCAGGGCGAGACCUUCUGCGGUACAAUGAGGAUUCCGUUCAAGAAUGAGAACCUUUACUGCAAGCACCUCCUACCGUCCGGAGAGGAGGUGGUGGUCGCUGGCGUGCCCGACCUCAUUUCCGUCUUAGAUGCGCAGAACGGUCUGGCACUCGGCACACCAGAGUACAAGUACGGCCAGCGGGUCCUAGUGCUCGGCAUGACAGCGGCGCCACAGUGGACUGGCACCCAGAGGGGUCUCGACCUCGGGGCGCUGCCUGCCUUUGGGUAUGAUAUCCCCUACGUCGCCUUGGGUGAGUAUGUGCGUCCGCGUAGUGUCAUUGAGGAGUAUGGCUCGUAGUCCGUAGAGUUAGGGCCAAGUCCCCGAGACCAAAAGUUAGCUUGAGCAAAGGUUGGAAAGCGCGUUGUUGGCAAGAGAGACAUAUGAA